GUCUGAGUGAGGGACUGAACGGAGCGAAGGAUGAACAGAUGGAGGGAUGAGUGCGUGAAUGAAUGAAUGAACGGAUCCAGACGCGGGCUUCUUCCACAGCGCCGAACCGGUGAGAGGACGCAAACAAACGACUUGGACGUGACCCCACACUGAGACGACCCAGUAGAAACCAGUAGAGUCCAGUGAGGGCCCGGCUGCAUCAGCAGAAAUGGCUCCGGCCAUGUCUGCACCUGCAUCCUCUCCCGCCACCCGCCUCUCCUCAUCCCUCCUCUUCUUCGCCCUCUCUUUCCUCCUGCUCCUGUCGUGUCCCGCAUCGGUCCAUGCGGGUUCGGAGGAGAAGAACUGCUCGUCGAGUGGAGACGCCUGUCAGGAAGGAGUGGUGCUGCCCGUGUGGAACCCUCAGAACCCCUCUGUAGGGGACAAAGUGGCCCGGGCCAUCGUUUACUUCGUAGCGCUCAUCUACAUGUUCCUGGGCAUGAGCAUCAUAGCCGACCGGUUCAUGUCGUCUAUCGAGGUCAUAACCUCCCAGGAGAAAGAGAUCACCAUUAAGAGGCCAAACGGUGAGACGACCACGACCACGGUCAGGAUCUGGAACGAGACCGUCUCCAAUCUCACUCUAAUGGCCUUGGGUUCUAGCGCCCCAGAGAUCCUGCUGUCCGUUAUUGAGGUGUGCGGUCACGAUUUCGAGGCCGGCUCCCUGGGUCCCAGCACCAUCGUGGGCAGUGCUGCCUUCAACAUGUUCGUCAUCAUCGCCCUGUGUGUGUACGUGGUUCCCGACGGAGAGACGCGCAAAAUCAAACACCUCCGGGUGUUUUUCGUCACGGCAGCGUGGAGCAUCUUUGCCUACAUCUGGCUCUACUUGAUUCUGAAUGUCUUCUCACCUGGGGAGGUGGAGGUUUGGGAGGCCGUGCUGACCUUCCUCUACUUCCCAGUCUGCGUGGUCCAGGCCUGGGUGGCCGACCGGCGCCUCCUCAUCUACAAGUACGUCCGCAAGCGCUACCGUGCCGACAAGCACCGCGGCAUCAUCAUCGAGACGGAGGGCAGUGCGGACGGAGAGGUCAGGGGCUUGGACGGAGGCGGUGGAGCUCUGGGUCCGGGUGGGUUCACCAAGAUGGACAUGCUGGAGCUGGACGGACAGAUGGCGCUGAACUGUCACAGUGGGAUGAGGGAGGAGGGAGGAGUGAAGGACGAGGAGGACGAGGCCAGGAGGGACAUGGCGAAGACGCUGAAGGAGCUGAAGCAGAGGCACCCGGAUAAAGACACGGAGCAGCUAAUUGAGAUGGCUAAUUAUCAGGUCCUGAUGCAGCAGCAGAAGAGCCGGGCGUUCUAUCGUAUCCAGGCAACCAGGAUGAUGAUUGGAGCCGGCAACAUCCUGAAGAAGCACGCCGCCGACCAGGCUCGCAAGGUGGUGAGCAGCCAUGAGAUCCAAGCCCUUGAGGACGACCCUCACACCAUCCGGUUGGAUUUUGAACCCGCGUUGUACCAGUGCUUUGAGAACUGUGGCUCCCUGAAGCUGACCGUCGGCAGACACGGAGGAGACGCCGGAGUUACCGUCAAGGUGGAUUAUCGCACAGAGGACGGUACAGCAAACGCAGGUUCAGAUUAUGAGUUCGCAGAGGGAACACUGAUGUUUAAGCCCGGAGAGACCCUCAAAGAGAUCACAGUCGGAGUGAUUGAUGAUGACAUCUUUGAGGAGGAUGAGUAUUUCUACGUCCACCUCAGUAACCCUCGAUUGGUUGGUUACCCUGAGAUCGGCACCGUCCCUCAGGAUACCAGUGUCACCCCUAAAGCUGUGCUGGGCGACAACCACACAGCCACCGUGACCAUCUACGAUGACGAUCACGCAGGUAUCUUUACCUUUGAGUGUGCCAGUCAGAAAGUGAGCGAGAGCAUAGGUGUGAUGGAGGUGAAGGUGCUCCGGACUUCAGGGGCCCGGGGCCUCGUAGCCGUCCCCUAUCGGACAGUGGACGGCACUGCCAGAGGAGGGGAGGACUACGAACUGUCAUCUGGCAAGCUGGAGUUUCAGAAUGACGAGACCAUGAAGAUCAUCGAGGUGAAGAUUAUUGAUGAUGAAGAGUAUGAGAAGAACAAGUCUUUCACCAUCGAGCUGGGAGAGCCGGUCCUGCUGGAGAUAGGACAGAAACACGGCGACUCCAAUGAGAACAAGCCGUUAGUGGGAGCAGAGGACGAGGAGGUGGCGAAGAUGGGCUGUCCCAGUCUGGGUGAACACACGCAGGUAGAAGUGGUCAUAGAGGAGUCCUACGAGUUCAAGAGUACGGUAGAUAAGCUGAUCAAGAAGACAAACCUGGCCUUGGUGGUGGGGAGCAGCAGCUGGAGGGAGCAGUUUGUCAAUGCCGUUACUGUCAGUGCAGGCGAUGACGACGAGGAGGAGAGCGGCGAGGAGCGGCUGCCGUCCUGCUUCGACUACAUCAUGCACUUCCUCACCGUCUUCUGGAAGGUGCUGUUCGCCUUCGUCCCGCCCACUGAGUACUGGAACGGCUGGGCCUGCUUCUUCGUCUCGAUAUCACUUAUCGGCUGCCUGACGGCAGUCACCGGCGAUCUGGCGUCGCACUUCGGCUGCACGAUAGGACUGAAGGAUUCUGUGACCGCCGUGGUGUUUGUGGCGCUGGGAACAUCAGUGCCAGACACAUUCGCCAGCAAAGUCGCCGCCAUCCAGGACCAGUAUGCCGACGCCUCCAUCGGCAACGUCACGGGCUCCAACGCCGUCAACGUCUUCCUGGGCAUCGGCGUGGCGUGGACCCUGGCCGCCGUCGUCUGGCGCUUCAGGGGCAAACCGUUCAAGGUGGACCCGGGGAACCUGGCCUUCUCCGUCACCCUCUUCACCAUCAUGGCCGUGGUCUGCGUGUUGAUACUGCUGUACCGGCGGCGGGCGGCGGUGGCCGGCGGGGAGCUGGGCGGGCCGCGGACUUGCAAGUUGGUCACGUCGCUCAUAUUCUUCUCGAUGUGGCUCAUUUACAUCCUGCUGGCUUCACUGGAGGCCUACUGCCAUUUACCACAGUUUUAAACGGAGAGGAGCCAGGGGGGAGGGAGAGAGACCCACUGCCAAUAUGAAGAGAGAGAGAAGGAGGGAGGAAGGAAUGUUCAAACACAGGAAGGAAAUAGAGCUGGUUCUGGGAUGGUAGUUUUUAUAGAAUUAGCAGAUCUACACAUUUCCUUUUGAAUAAAUUUGAGAGUUAACCUUGAUUAAAAGCUCCUGAGAAUGUCCAAACUAAAUAUUGUUUUUAGCAUAAAAGCCUCUUUUAGACAUGGAGACCCAACCCAAACUUCCAGGAUACACCGACCCUCUAAAUUAAAAAGGAUUAAAGCAUCGAUAUUAAAAGGGUUUAAAGAGCACUUUUUGUUCCAGUAUACUGCCAAACCAGUAGGAGAGAAGAAGACGCAGCCAGGCUCUGAAUGGGAACAUGUGUGUGGGGGGGGGGAGGACGAGAGAGGCAGCAAAACUAAAUCAAAUUGAAAGUCUGUACAACAUGAAUGGAGAGAUGAGAGAAAAGAAGAAUAGAUUGGCAAGAAUACUCCACACCCCCCUCCUCACUUACCCUCGCUCCCUGUGUCGCAACUGUGUCUCCUUGUUGUGGGAACAGUUGGAUUCUCCCAUGAUGCCCACUACAAUCCAGUUCUAUCAGUGACUUAUGACUUUUAACCUCUCUUCUGCCAACACACACACACACACAGCCACACACACACACUCACACGCACACACACACACACACACACACAAACAAUUAUAUAUACACUGAUUCUGCAACAGAAGACAACUUGAGAGCUGACAACCUUUUGUUUUUCUUUAUUCCAUCUCUUCUUGAAUACACUGUGCUUCAUCCCACAAACACACACAAACACACACACACACACACACAGCACACUCCCAUCCCUCCACACCGACAAACACCCACAAACGCAGACUCUACACACUCCUCCCCCCCUCCCUCUUGCCUUACUCUUACCUCCCCCUGUAGGAUCUUGUCUUAAAGUUGUGAUAAUGAAACGCCGUAGUCACCACGCACCGAGCCUCUUUUUUAAGCGAGCCAAUCCCUCCCCCCCCCCCCCCUCUUAACGCCAACCAUCUCGUUAACAGAAAUGCCCCCCCACCCCCCAUUUUUUUUCUUACAUUUUCAAUGGCGUCACGUGUUGAUGUUGUUACCGUGCAAUUGUAAAAACAAAAGUAUUAAUACAGUAUAUGACGAGAUAGAUUUACGAGGAGGAGGAGAGUUGACAUGCUGGUUUCGCGCCGGGGGAAGAAAUGGAGGAUGGUGAAAAAAGGACAAAACAUUUGAAGAGUGGCGUCAAAGUUCCGCCUCAUGAGAUCUUUGUGUCCUGCAGUGACGGAGCAUUGUGCACCACACGCUGUGAGGUUUACACUCCACCAAUCCCCGGACAGCUUGAGCAAAGCAGGAACUGAUGUUACAAGAAGGACCAAUCACAACUGUCUGUGACCUUGAUGAUGAAUAACUACAUCCUUGUGUUUCUAGUUGUACAUGAUGAUAAAAGAGACAUUUAAAGACAUUGAUAUCCCAUUUAUGUUACGUCGCUCUCUUUGUGAGAGAACCCCCC